AUGAUCGCUGUCUCCCUCUGCCCCGCGGACGAGGCCCCCCAGAGGCUGCCCACCCCGGAGGCACCGAGGGGCUCUGGGGCCUGGGACCGGGCUCAACGCUCCCUUCACCCCACUCCUCUCCUUUCCCUUCCCGCAGGGCCGGCGGCGGGGCUCACGGAGCCGCUCACUCACCCGGGCCGGCCGCGGAGCCGCUCCCCGCCGCGGUGCUGGGCCAGAUCUAACCUGUACCAAACCAACCUGCUUCGAGACAGUGUGCGAAGGUACCUGCAGCUGCCAGCAGACCAGACGGUGCUGAUACUGCAUGCUAAAGUUGCCCAGAAGUCAUACGGCAAUGAAAAAAGGUUUUUCUGCCCUCCACCUUGUGUUUACCUGAGUGGGCCAGGAUGGAAAUUGAAACAGGAGCAGAUAAAAGCCAGGGACCUGGGAGAGGCAGGUUUCCGGGUGUGCGGGUACAUGGGGCUGGACAGCAUGGGCAGCAGCCUGAUGGAGACCCAGAAGCUCAGCUUUGAGGAGCAGCCAGAUGCAAAGGGCUUCAGCUGUGCCAAGGCGCUGUACAUCUCAGAUGCGGACAAGCGCAAGCAUUUCCGCCUGGUCCUGAAGCUCUUCUUCACCAACGGGCAGGAGAUAGGCACCUUCCACAGCAAGCUGAUCAAGGUCAUCUCCAAGCCCUCACAGAAGAAGCAGUCACUGAAGAACACAGACCUCUGCAUCUCCUCAGGCUCCAAAGUCUCCCUCUUCAACCGCCUGCGCUCCCAGACCGUCAGCACCCGCUACCUCUCUGUGGAGGGGGGAGCCUUCAUCGCCAGUGCCAGACAGUGGGCAGCCUUCACCCUCCACCUGGCCGACGAGCACAGCGCCCGGAGCGAGUUCCCGCUGCGGGAAGGGUACAUCCGCUACGGCUCCGUGGUGCGGCUCGUCUGCACCGCCACCGGCAUCACCCUGCCUCCCCUGAUCAUCCGGAAGGUGACGAAGCAGUAUGCCAUGCUGGACGUGGACGAGCCCAUCUCCCAGCUCCACAAAUGUGCCUUCCAGUUCCAGGGCAGCGACCGCAUGUACCUGUGUCUCUCCACGGAGAAAGUGAUCCAGUUCCAGGCAUCUCCUUGCCCAAAGGAAGCCAACCGGGAGCUGCUGAAUGAUGGCUCUUGCUGGACCAUCAUCGGCACCGAGACAGUGGAGUACACCUUCAGCGAGAGCCUGGCCUGCGUCCACCAGCCUGUCAGCCCCGUCCCCCUCAUCACUGCCCUGCAGCUCACAGGUGGUGGGGAUGUGGCCAUGCUGGAAGUGCAAGGGGAGUAUUUCCACACACACCUCAAGGUCUGGUUUGGAGAUGUGGAAGCAGAGACAAUGUACAGGAGCCCCAAGUCCCUCAUGUGCGUUGUCCCUGAUGUCUCUGCCUUCGGGAGUGACUGGAGGUGGCUGCGAUACCCCAUCACAGUCCCACUCCUGCUCAUCAGGGACGAUGGCCUCAUCUACUCCAACUCCUUCACAUUCACCUACACCCCAGAGCAAAGCUUCAUCCCAGGACAGCAGAUCCUCUCAGAUGUACCUCAGGACUCAGACAAAUUACUUGAUAGCAUCCAUCAGGAAUUCACUAGGACUAACUUCCACCUCUUCAUGCAGAGCUAGCAAGAUGAGUGGGCACAGGUUUAGCCUCACUGCUGAUCCUGGGGAAGGAGAGCAGCCCUGAGACCUACUGGAGUUCUCCACCUAGGGCUGAAGGUGGCCCUGCCAAAGAGUCCUCUCCACAUCUCUA